AAAGAAAAGCGAUCAGUAGUAGUUGAUUUCUACUGAGGAAAGUGACAAUUGUUACACUAGUUUCAAAAGAGGGCUAAAGUGUUUUUGCCUCACGGAGCUUCGCCCUGUUACUUGAAAUACAAUCAAUUUGCGUUAAUUUACAAUAGUUGUAUGAAUCACAUACAAGAUAAUUGUGAAUAUUCUAAAGCAACGAUAAAGACUUCGGGGAACGGGGGGUGCGGCUGUUACCAUGGAUCCCAGUAUACUCGCCACCAUGGAUAAGGACGCAUUGAAAAAGCAGAUUGAGAACAUGAAGUACCAAGCUACCAUGGAAAGAUGGCCUUUGUCAAAAAGCAUCACAGCGAUGCGCGAGUACGUGGAAGAGAAUGAAAAAAAUGACCCAUUGAUUCACGCGCCCGAUAAGAAGAACAACCCUUGGGCUGAGAAGGGCAAGUGCAUAAUCAUGUAAAGGCCGGACGUGUUGGCAUUAAAGAUGGUGAAUCAUGAAGGCGAAAAAAAUGCAUUUUUACCUGACCAGAGUCACACCAGAAGUUUCUUUGAUCCCUUUAUGUUAUUUACGUCGAAGAUAAACGGAAAAAAACUUCAGAGGAAAAAACUGCGUCAUCAAAAUUGUGUGGCUUCGACCUUCUUCAAUAUUGUACUUACACCUCGUCGUCAUUAAUUCAAUAUUAUAGGCACUACAGCUACCACAAUCUACGAUUUGAUGGUAGUCCAUGUCCUUCCAUCCACACUGAGAAAACGCUGUAAGCAAUACUACAAGACUACAAAAUAAUUAAAUUAUUUAGAGACUUUGUUCAUUACUAACUGUAAGAAAAUACAUGUGGGCAUUCUGAAAGGAAUAAAGUAUUCUUAGGAGAAUUAUUCCAAACAGAAAUAUUGUAAUGGAGAUUAUUGCAAUUUUAACCAUUUAUACUUUUCUUGACAAUUAUGGUGUACCACAUUUUUUUCGUCAGAUGGAAAAUGUGUAUAUGAAGACUCUGAACUCGUUGAAAGAAGAUUUCUUUGAAACAAGGAAGCAAUUUAGGGGUAAAUCCAUUUUUGCCAGACCAAGCUGUAAUGACACUUUUUCAAUUGUUUCAAAGAAAUGCCUCGUGAGAAAUAAUUUACAUAUAGAUUUUCAUCUUUGCGUAAUUUAUAUGAUAAACACACUUUUAAGAUGCAAAUUUUGCAAUCUUAGAAAUAAACAGGAUUUUAUAUACAGAUAAGAUUGUCUUAAUUUAGUUUUAACUUUGUUGAAAUAAUUUUCUCAUCUAGUCAAAGUGAUGUCGAUAAAACAUUUUUUUUUUGUGAUAAUUUUACUUUUGUGCAAUUAAUGAAUAGAUUUUUGCUGGCCAAUUUUCUUUGGAAUCAUUGUUUAUAAUAAAGAAUAUUAUUUAAAAAA